UGUGAUGCAUUCUCUUCGGUUUUGUUUUUCAGAAACUCCAUUAUGUGGACAUGAAUUUUAAAACCCAUCAUGUGACACUUUGGACUGCUCAAUGGAGAUGACUACGAUACUCACCGCGACAAACAGCCAAGGAAAAAGAAUUCUUCAGGAACGUUCCGAACCCAACGUCACAAGUCUUCUGAAUGCGUCCGCUCCCUUCCACCAUCACAUGAACAAUGCCGUGCUGGGCGUUCUGCUCGGCACACUGUCGCUUCUGACGGUCAUCAUGAACCUGCUGGUGCUUUUUGCCGUUAGGAAGGAACGGACUUUACACACGGUGGGGAACCUGUACAUCGUCAGCCUCUCGAUAGCGGACCUCAUUGUCGGGGCUACAGUCAUGCCCUUGAAUCUGGUCUACCUUCUUGAGGACGAGUGGAAACUGGGUCGCGUUAUUUGCCAGUUCUGGCUGGUCAUGGACUAUGUGGCAAGCACGGCCUCCAUUUUCAGCUUGUUCAUCCUUUGCUUGGACAGGUACCGCUCCGUACGCCACCCCUUACAUUAUUUGAAGUAUCGGACACGAGGUAGAGCGACUCUGCUGAUUUGUAGCGCGUGGCUGCUCUCCAUGACCUGGAUUGUUCCCAUCCUUGGCUGGCGGAUGUUAGCUCAGGUCGACAGGAAGCCAGAGCUGGAGAACCAGUGCGACACAGACUUCCGCUUCGUGACCUGGUUCAAAGUUCUGACAGCCAUCCUCAACUUCUACAUUCCCUCCUUCCUCAUGCUUCUGUUCUACUCACAGAUUUUCAUCGCAGUCCGCGAUCAUUACAGAGAGUGGGAGAACUUUGCCGGUCCGAUGGUGAAAACAGAAACAGAUGACACAUUACAGAAUGGAAUGCAACUGCAGAUAACCAAAGCCUCGGAGAGAGAGAGUCUGGCUUCACAAAACGAGGGCCUGCUGGAUCAGUACAGUUUGGAGCAGCCUUACAACUCGAGGGACAAUAACGAGGACAAUAACGAGGACAAUACCGAUUCCUUGUCUGAGACAGAGAGGAAGAGUUGCUACAAGAAGAAACCGAUGUUCAGCCUUUCGAAACGCAUGAGAAAGAGCGUGCAAGACCCCAACGAGAUUUCAUUUCAGAGCGACGAUGGGGAAACCGUUGCCGAAGGCCUGCCGUCAUUAUCUCUUGCCUUUCUGCAGUCCGAGAAUAACCCUCAGCCCAAAACCUUCAUAAAUGCGAACAACUGUAACGUGUUAGUGCCAAACUCUGUUGGUAACAUUUGUGAGAGUGCACCGACUGUGGAUGUUGACAAUUACACCACGGUUCACUGCAAUCACAGCACUCCACCGUCCCCGCCGUCGCCCUGGGCUGAGAACAGCCCUCCGCUGGACACCACCGACUCACACCCCAUCAAACAGACGUGGCAGAAGCUCUGUGAACAGUCCAAGCAGAGCAUCCACAGCAUGCGCAUCCGGAAGGAGCGGAAAGCCGCCAGGCAGCUUGGCUUCAUCAUUGGCGUCUUCAUGGUGUGCUGGAUCCCGUACUUCAUCACCUUCAUGGUCAUGGCUCUGUGUGAGACCUGUGUCCAUCAUGACCUUCAUAUGUUCACAAUUUGGCUAGGGUACAUCAACUCCACCCUGAAUCCCUUCAUAUACCCCCUGUGCAAUGGAAACUUCAAAAGGGUGUUCAAAAAGAUAUUUCAUAUUAACAGAUAAAGUUUAGGAGAAAAACUGCAAACUUUUACCCCAUUCUGCUCAAUUAGUGUUUUCUGAAGCAUUUCUUGUGACAUGUUUGUACUUUGGUAGUUCUGUGCAUCUGCCAUGCUUGUGUUAUUUUUGGGCAUCUGAGAUCUUGUAAAUACAGAGCAACUGUAUUAUUUGUUGACUAGUGUCAGUUUGACACGUCUACAAUCUGCAUCAGAUUAUAUGAUAGAUUUAUUCAAUCCAGAGUGUUUUAAAACUGGCUGUAUUUUAGAAAAACAAAAUCACACUAUCACCUGAAUCGUUGCUAUUGUGGGUGAUGUACGGUCAGGACAACUUGGGUUUGGUGUGUUUAAUGCAGAACAUUUUUAAAAAAGUCCUGGCAUUGAUUAUAAGUAGUAUGUGUGGUGCAUAUAUAUUAAAUAUGAGUUUGUUCAUCAGGGAAUGCACAUUGUCUGCAGAGAGCUGGGAAAUGCCACAUACAAACAGGUUGAGCUGAACAUUGAAAUCCUG